AUGGCUUCCUCUAACAGACACUGGCCUAGCAUGUUCAAGUCCAAGCCUUGCAAUCCCCACCAUCCAUGGCAGCAGCACGACAUGAACUCCUCCUCUCUCAUCUCUUCAUCCUCCUGCCACCGAACCCCUUACGCUCCUUCUUCUUCCUCUUCUUCAGGUUGUGAGGAGAGGAGUCCAGAGCCAAAGCCGAGGUGGAACCCAAAACCAGAACAGAUUAGGAUUCUGGAAGCGAUCUUCAACUCAGGGAUGGUGAAUCCACCAAGAGAUGAGAUCCGAAAGAUCAGAGCUCAGCUUCAAGAGUAUGGUCAAGUUGGUGACGCCAAUGUCUUCUACUGGUUUCAGAAUCGCAAGUCCAGAAGCAAACACAAGCUUCGAAACCUCCAAAACUCUAACAAAACCACCAACAACAACAAUAAUAACCAUAUCACACACGAAUCAACCUCACCACUUCCUCCUCCUCCUUCUCUCAUCAUUCCUCAUAUUUCACCUUCUAAUUCUUCAUCUGAUAACAGGUCUUCUCCAUCUUCAUCCUCCAAGGAAAUAAUCAGUGUUGUUCCUCCUUUCAAGUCAUCAUUCUCCAUUGGCUUCUCUUCUGAUAUGAUCCUCCCAAGUUCUUCUCCCACUUCCGCUGGUCCUGUGACCAAUAAUAACCACCACCCGAUCUCAUAUUUUCAGACCCAUAAUAGUAAUACUGAGACGUCUCUUUCUGAGCCUUUCUUCUUCCCUGCUUCUUCAAAUUCUUCUGCUGCUACAUCAACUCAUCAAGGGUUUUGCUUCUCUGAGCUGUCUGGUCUUGUUCAAAAUCAAAACGUUGGGCCUUGCACUAGUCUCUUGCUCAGUGAGAUGACGAAUCAGAAGAAAGAACAAGAUCAUCAUAAGUCUUCGUCUUCUGUCACUUCCACCAUUCACAGUACUGUUGUGCCUUCUAUGGCUUCUGCAACCACCACUACUGUUACUGUUCCAUCCCUCAUCCCUCAAAUUCACGGUGCAGGGGAGCUGGCAGGUGGUACGGCUGCGAAAUCUAUUGUAUACAUAAACGACGUCGCAUUCGAGGUGGCUAUUGGUCCCUUCAACGUACGAGCGGCUUUUGGUGAAGACGCGGUUCUGAUCCACGCGGCAACAGGACACCCUGUCCCAACCAAUGAGUGGGGCGUCACGCUCCAGUCACUCCAGCACGGCGCAUUUUAUUAUCUGAUAUAG